GUUAUGUUGAACAGCCUUGCACUGUACCUUGUCCAUUUGACUGCAAAUUAAGUGACUGGUCUGACUGGUCUCCUUGUAGUUCAUCGUGUGGGACAGGAGUGAAAAUUCGGUCCAGGUGGCUUAAGGAGAAACCAUACAAUGGAGGGCGCCCUUGUCCAAAACUAGACCCAAAGAAUCAGGUGUACGAGGCAAUCCCCUGUUACAGUGAGUGCAAUCAGUAUUCUUGGCGAGUAGAACCAUGGUCCCAGUGUGAAAUCAGCAGUGCACAAAAUUCCCUCCAUUGUGGAGAAGGAAUACAAAUGAGGCAAAUCAGAUGUAUAAACACCACUGAAGGUGGAGAUGGUGAACCCGUACCUCUUGUGCUUUGUAAUCAGUCCAAAGUUCCCUUGGAAAAACAGAAAUGUAUCCUCUAUUGUCCUAAUGAAUGUGUGGUGUCUGAAUGGAGUCAUUGGAGUCAGUGCCCAGAGCGAUGUGAUCCCAAUAUAAGGCAAACAAGGACUCGACAUAUACUACGAAUGCCUUUAAAACCCAAGACAUGCCCCGAAAGUGCACAGCAGAGACCUUGUAUUCUGAAUCAAAAUUGUUUUCAAUAUAGUUACAAUUUAACAGACUGGAGCACAUGCCAGCUAAAUGAAAAUUCAGCCUGUGGACAAGGGAUCAGGAAUCGCCUUCUAAGCUGCAUCCGCAGUGAUGGAAAAUCCGUGAACAUGAACCACUGCGAGCAGUUGAAUCUGGAAACACCCACCCAAAUGACUGCCAACUGCAUGGUAGAAUGUGUAGUGAACUGUCUGGUUACCGAAUGGUCUCCUUGGUCGGAAUGUUCACAGACUUGUGGUUUUGCAGGUCAGAUGCUCCGUACCCGAUCUAUAAUUAUGGAAGCCCAAGGAGAAGGAAGACCUUGCCCAGCUGAUCUUAUUCAGUUCCGCAGUUGUGUUGUAAAACCCUGCUAUAGCUGGGUUCUUGGAGAAUGGUCCCUGUGCAGAGUUGAGGGUGGGCAAUGCGGAGAUGGAAUCCAAGUACGAAAUCUGCAGUGUGUGGUGCUUGAUGGCCUGUCAUCAUCAACAUUUAAGCAAGUGGAGAGUACCCUGUGUGAAGAGCUUCCCCCGAAAGAGAAUUUGCUUCGACUUCCGUGUUCUAUCCCUUGUCCAGGUGACUGUCAUUUAUCCGAAUGGUCUGAGUGGAGCUCUUGUGAAUUAACAUGCAUCAAUGGCAGGAGCUUUGAGAGCAUGGGUCGUCAGUCUCGAUCAAGAACAUUUAUAAUUCAAUCUUUCGAAAAUCAAGACAGCUGCCCUGAACAAGAAUUGGAGACCAGGCCUUGCUCAGGAGGAAAAUGCUAUAAUUAUGUAUGGAAAACAAGUCUUUGGCAAGAUAAUGAACGCACAGUGUGGUGCCAGCGUUCUGAUAGGCUGAAUGUUACAGGGGGCUGCUCUAUGCAGUUACAGCCGGCUACAACCAGGCAUUGCAACCCAGCCUGCAAAAAACCCUUCUCAUACUGUACACAGGGUGCCAUCUGUGGCUGUGAGAGAGGCUACACUGAAAUCAUGAGAUCAAAUGGUUUCCUGGAUUACUGCAUGAAGAUACCUGGUUUAGCAGAUAAGAAAGCCGAUGUUAAAACAAAUGCUGCCAAGCAUAAACCUAUCAAUUCCAAAAUGCAUGACAUUUUCAAAGGAUGGUCAAUUCAGCCUUUUAACCCAGAUGGAAAACUUAAAAUCUGGGUAUAUGGAGUAUCAGCUGGCGGGUUUCUCAUUAUAGUUUUCCUAAUCUUCACCUCCUAUCUUCUUUGCAAAAACCCAAAACAGCCACAACAUACUCCUCCGCCGCAGAAGUGUCUGACUUUAGCCUACGAUGGAGAUGUUGAUAUGUAA